UGGUGGCGGCGGCCUGAGAGCCCCGGAGCGCGAGCGGGCGGCUUCUGCCGUGACGCCCCUCAUGAUGCUGCUGCGAAUGGCCCCACUGCUGCUCCUGGCCCUGGCACGGGGGGUCUGGGGAGAAAGGGAGAAGCCUACAUUCUGCGGGGAAGUCACCGAAUGUUUCACCUUUGAUCUCAUCUGCAACAGCUCUGACUACGAGGCCCGGCUUUACCCCCCCUCGGCCUGGGUCAGCACCCGCGUGAACAACACGUACACGGCCGCCAAGACCACCGGCUUCUGGCGCCUCUUCCGCUACAUCCAGGGCCGGAACCAGCUGGGUGUGAAGAUCCCGAUGACAGCACCGGUUCUGACCCGGGUGGACCAGGCUGCUGGGGAGACGCAGGAGUACACCGUCUCCUUCCUACUGCCGGCAGCGCGGCAGGGCGACCCCCCGCAGCCCACGGAGCCUGCUGUUUUCGUCCAGUGGUUUCCUGCUCUGCCCACCUACGUUCGCUCCUUCGGGGGGUGGCUCACGGAUGCCAAUCGAGGGACCCACAUUCGGGCCCUUGAUGCCUCCCUGGGGCGGGACGCCCGGCACUUCGACCACUCCUGGCACUACUCUGCUGGCUACAACAGCCCCAUGAAGCUGUUCGACCGCCACAACGAGGUCUGGCGCCUGGCGUGGGGUGGCCUGGGCUGCGCCCCAGAGUGAGCCCCCCAAGUGUCACCCGCUGGCAUUGCAGCCCUGCCAGGAAAGAGAAACCCAGCUCUCGAUUCUGCCCCCCCACCAUAGUGCCCCCAGGGAGCAGCCCCCCUCAUCGUCCCCCUCCCCCCCCAAUAAAGCCAAGUGACCAAGGCU